GAGAGAGAGAGAGAGAGAGAGAGAAACACACAGAGACACUAACACUACUGCUGCUCACACUAUACUCUACACCACCGACACCAUCACGGACAUGUGAGCACCAGCUCCAGGCAUGAGAGAGUAGACAAUCCGGUGUAUUUGACCGCGAACUGCUUUCAUUACUUUGUUUCUGUAAUUUUCUUUCUAACCGCCCUCCAAGUUAGCCAAGUCUGCUAAUCUGUUUAGCCAAACUGGUGGCCACCGGCUCAUUAUUGUUCCUCCUGGAUUUUAGGACGGAUCUACAAGCCGAGAGCGAUCUGAAGAGAAAACCAAAGUUUGCAACUUUGUCUGAUGCUCAUCCGAGGGCACCAUGCCUAGCCCCCUGUUUCACCCUGAAAUCAUGGAGCACGACUCGGUAGUGAGCAGCCAGCAGACCGGAGUCGCGUUACCUGGCGAACCAGAACCGGAGACCCGGGAUGAGGAGCACCAUGAGGUGCUGCGCUUCGCUCUCGAUCAGCUCUCGCUCAUGGCUCUGGAGAAAGUCGAUUCCCUGGAUGGGACACCGCCGGGCACCGUGUCUGAAAACUGCAACGGUGGAAGUGGCUAUGUUGAUCUGAUGCUUGAGCAUACGGGUGGAUCCCGGGGCUCGCCCACCUCCUGCUCUCCGUCUCCAGAGUACUAUGGCACGGGUGGAUACCACAUGGCUUCUUCGCACUCGCACUCAGUACUGAACGAGCAGAGUGUCAUGUGCAACCGAAAAAGGAGUGUUAACAUGACCGAAUGUGUGCCCGUGCCCAGCUCCGAGCAUGUGGCUGAGAUUGUCGGCAGACAAGGUUGUAAGAUCAAAGCCCUGCGAGCAAAGACCAACACUUACAUCAAAACACCGGUGAGAGGCGAGGAACCUGUGUUCAUUGUAACAGGCAGGCGUGAGGAUGUUGAAAUGGCCAAGCGUGAGAUCAUCUCUGCAGCCGAGCACUUCUCCAUGAUCCGUGCGUCACGCUGCAAAGCCGGAGCAGCCGGAGGAGGCGGAGGUUCCCUGCCCGGUCCGCCACACCUACCGGGCCAGACUACCAUUCAGGUCCGGGUGCCGUACCGUGUCGUGGGGCUGGUGGUGGGACCUAAAGGAGCCACGAUCAAGCGCAUUCAGCAGCAGACUCACACGUACAUUGUGACGCCGAGUCGUGAGAAGGAUCCAGUGUUUGAAGUGACCGGCAUGCCUGAGAACGUGGACCGGGCCCGGGAGGAGAUCGAGACGCACAUCACUCUGCGCACGGGCGCCUUUGUUGAUUUGCAGGGUCACAAUGACUUUCACACCAACGGCACCGAUGUCAGCCUGGAAGGUCUCAGCUCGCUCGGGCUUGGCGGUGCCCUGUGGUCACGUGGGGCCACCACUGGGCACCAUACAGCACCCCCUGCCACAUCAUCUCAGAUACCUCCGUCCAUCCACCACUCCGACCGCAAGCUCUCCGCAGCCUCUUAUCACAAUGGAAGUCUGGGAUCAGAUGCCUACCCAAACGGGCGCAGACCCACUGAUAGUGCCAGUCCCACUAGCCCCUUCAGCACGGGUAGUGCCAGUGGCACCUUCACGUUUAGUGGCGAUUCUGCACCCGGCUUAGCAGCUCCUGCUUCUGAAGAGCUCAGCUUCGAAUUUGGCAGCAGCAACAUCUGGGCACCACUGGCUAACGGGACCAAGCAGACGCAGCCUCUCCGACGCAACAGCAGUGGCCUGAGCGGGGGCACAGUCACACCUCGCCUUUCACCGACACUACCAGGCGACAGCUCAACGCUGGAGCACCCGCUGGCGAGGCGGGCACAGAGCGAUCCGUUAAGUGCACUUUCCUGGUUGCACACAGGCUCCUCGUUCUCAGGCGGCAGCAGCAGCAGCAGUGGCGGCAGCACCACCGGAUACUCGUCCUGCUCAGCGUCCUCGCUGCCCGGUGGCUCACCAACCGACUCGGAGGGUGGCGGCAGCGUGGGAGCUAGCGCCGGCAUGCUGAGCCGUCUAAAGGCAGGCACCUUAAGCAGCAUGGUGCCCGGAAGUGGCAACAGGGACUGUUUUGUGUGCUUCGAGAGCGAGGUGACGGCAGCGCUGGUUCCCUGUGGUCACAACCUGUUCUGCAUGGACUGUGCUGGUCAAAUCUGCCAGUCUCAAGAGCCUGAAUGCCCGGUGUGCCACACCCCUGCCACGCAGUGCAUCCGCAUCUUCUCCUAGGUAGCGUUACUCCUUCCCCCAAACAUCAAUAUAUCCUGCUAUUUAGAAAGUCUACAAAGAUACCUGCCUACAUAGGAUUGACAAUAUUUACUUAUUAAAUAUGACACUAUACUGAUGUUGAUCUAUUAUUAUUAUUAUUAUUAAUAAUAAUAACUAUGGUAAUGUCUAUUAUAACUAUUACUGACUCAUGUACUUAUCGCAGGCUGUGGAAUCAGCAGGUUGUGAGGAGGACGGAAACCAGUGUCUUAUCUUCGUUUAGGCAUUAAUUAGUACCACCGAUGAAUCUGUCCACGUAUUAUUUGCCCGUCCUCGCCAUUCUGGCUUUCGAGCUCGGCCUGGUUACCCGCAGGUUAUUUUUUUGCUUGAGACUUUUUUCUACUUGCAGAUAUUUUUCGAUUUAAGCUGCAUAGGUCUGCACUUUUUUCUAAUGGUUCAUUUUGAGAACUUUUGAGAUGGGAACAUGUUGUGGAGCCUGCACACUCGUCAGACCAAAAUAUUACAGUUUUUUUUUUUUUUAUCAAUGAAGAAUGAAACACUUAAUAUUUAUUCAUGUUAAGAAUCAAUAUCCAUAAUGGUUAAUGUUUAAUAUAAUGUAGGUAGAUGAAAUAGUUAACGUUGCAUAAGGAAUAAUUACAAUGUUAAGAGAUCGGUGUUUUGCUUAUUACCUUACAACACUCAUACUACAGUACAGGGGGUGCGGUCAGACCCUUCAAAUGCUUCGUCCUGUGGAGCUUUUUUACAUAUACACUUAAUUACAGUUCUGUAUUUACUGCUAUGCUUUGUUUAUUUUACGAAUAUAGUGAAGUCGAUUUUUACUCCAUGACCUUGUCUGUUACACUUUUAUUGUUCUUAUAUAGAGAGAUUAUUUUAAGAUUAGCAUCUGCUUGGUGAAAGGUCACGCCCUGCUCUUCACCAAGCAACUACAUUUUUCUGAAUUUGCUCAAUAGGAUAGUCAUAAUUACAAGAAUGUUUCUUCUUACUCUCGACCAGUGUGUUUGUGUAUGAGUGAUUAAACAAGUGUGUGUGUGUGUGUGUGUGUGUGUGUGUGCAUUACAGAGGAGAAAAAGUUCAACAAUGGGAUUUUUCUUCUCGAAUUUAGAUGACUGUUGUAGAUCCAUCCCACUUUGUGCACUGCGACACAUUGCAAUGUUCUUUCAGUCUCCUUUUGGUUCGAGGCUGCAUCAGGCCAAACGGGCGUUACGAAACGUCGGUCUUCCGCCCUUCUCGAGCUCUCGCUCUGAUUUUAAAAGCUCUAUCGUUCCUAUCACACUAGCGCUCUUGAGAUUCUUCUUCACCCCAGACUGCCUCCUAGACUGCACAUUUUGGUUAGCUGUCACACCGGUAAGCCCUCAGAAGCAGCGUUCGACAAGCCAUGACACCAUACCGUUUACAAGGGCUUCCUCUGAGUGCUAUUCAGGUCUCCUUUACUUACAAUAACCAGGAUUGAGAACCAAUCAAUCAGAACCUGGCAGCUAUGUUCACCCAGGGCUUCCAUUCACUUUGUACUACACGACCAAGAGCCGCAGAUACGAGGUCAGGUUUAGGGUUGAAGUAGCUAUAAGCCACAUCCUUGUAGAUUUUAUGAUUUGUUAAAAGUUCGAGGCUUCUUAUUAAUAGUUCUUGUUGCAUGAACCCUGUGUAUCAUCCGUUUCUGAACAAAUCCUCAUCGUUGGCCCAUAUUUCUUCUGGCUUUUAAUUACAGAUGUGGAAUGUUGCUCAGUAGUGCCACCGCAGAUGUUUGAGUUCGGUGCCUUGGUGGUCCAGAUCGUUGCUGAAGUUCAGUUUAAUUCGUGGAUUCCCUGUUUAUAGAGAGAUCGAUUUUGUGUUGGUUCAAGUCUGUUGGUGAAUCGUACCAGGGAUCCACACUUCAUGCUUUUACUUUUUUCCUCCCUGCUGUUACUUCAAACGCAGAAUGAUUUAUUAAUGCGACUUUUUAAAGUAUUUGUUCAGUAUGACACAGUAUGUCUCAGCUUUGGAUCAUUUUUUAAAUCUCAGCUUUUCGGGAGACUGUCCAUUGAGGUUAGGUGUUCUUAGUAAGGAAUAUUUUUUUUUGAAACAGGUUUGUUUGUACAGUAGCAUAACAGGUUUAAAAGGUACAAAUGUUUGCUCCAUUUUCUCUGUAGUUUACUGUAUGUAAAUCCCUCUGAGGGUGUGCUGUCAGUGUUCUGGGCAUCUCUGUGAAACAUCAGCCUAGUGAGGACAAAACUCCUCCACAAACGUCACUCCAAACCCAAACUAGCCGACAGCACGCAGUCCAGACGGAUAUUAGGAAGUGUGUUACUAUUGUUCCCCAUUUACCCUCCUAAGGUUUAUAAACAGGGUUUACUGAGGAAAGCUCUUAGAGGAGACCUGAUCUCGGGCACAGUUACGCAUUGGACUGGCACCAAUCUGCCAAGCUUCCAUGGAUUACUUAGCCCUGUAACUCUGCUCUCCUUUCUAGCCUUUGUUGAUUUUUGCUUUAAUUGUUUUAUAUGCAGAACCAAAAUCGUUUCAAUAACAAGGUUUCAGGCCUGACUGUAAAUAUCCUGAGAUACAAUCAUUGGGAUUUGUUUUCCAGUACUGAUAAGGUUUAUGUAGUUUUUAAAAACAUUAUCAUUAUUUGUAAGUUAAGUAUCUGCAUGUCUUGAAGCCAUCAGGCGUUAGCUAAUAAUUUUCUAAAGCUAAAAAAAGCAAUUAACAACAAAACUUUUUACACAUUUUAUUUUUACAAUUUAUUUGCUUACCUUGACCUAAAUAUCCCAGAUUAUAAUGUGACCCUUUUAUUACUGCAAAUUUAAUGUUUAUUUUCCAUAUUUUUGUUUCCUGUGUACAACAUAUAGGCAAUUUAUAGCAAAAUGAAAAAAAAUUAUUGAAGAAAUUUAAAAUUGAAAUAUAUUUUAUUUGAAAGUCUAUGGACCUUUUAGCUGCGAGUCGGAACAAUUGUAUACAUGUUAUAAUUUGAACUGACUUGUCAGUUAUAAGAAAUGUAUCAAGAGUUUUAUUUUUUAUGCUUCUUUAAUAAAAUCUCGUUUUGUUUUCAUUUUUUUACUGUAAAACAAUAAA